CGGACCUCUUAUAGCUUGCAGAGGUUCUAUACGCCCGUAGCAAAGAUUAUAAUAAGUACAAGCGUACAAGUGUUACGUUUUGGCGAUUUUACUGGUGUCAAGGAAAACAUCGUUAAUGGUUGAACUGUCAUUCAAGAAGUUUAAGAAUUGACCACGGAGGGGUGAAAUUUUUCUUGGGUCGAGUGCAACCACAUUAUGGCUAAUUCGUACCCCAAGGAUGAUGCAUCACACUAUGAGAGCGGUGAAGAAUGGGAAAUCGGCUUAGGUAACCUGAUCAUUGAUUUAGAUGCUGAUCUUGAGAAAGAAACAAUGAGUACCCAAAACAAUUUGAAGGACGUUAGUCCAUUUAGAAUCGGGAAAAUGAAAAUAAAACGGAAAGUUAGCGCAAAGGCUGAUGGUACUGCACAUAUAAAUGAUGAUUUUACAGAGACUUCACAGGGGAUAAGUGAGGAGAAAAGUACAAAAUCACGUAAACGAGAAACGUUCCAUAGUAAAAUAGAGAGAACCGGAAUAAGUACUAGUCUAUGUGAAAUCAGUAUUGAGGAAGGUAAACCAAAGAAUGAAUGUUGCAAAGAUAAAGAGGAUAAUAAUGAGACAAAUGAGUCCAAAGAGGAAAAUAAAAAUGAAGGGAAAAAGAAAACUAAGGAAUCUAGUGAGAAGAAGACUAAAAAAUCUAAAAUAGAUAAGCAACCAUCUUUUGAGCAUGUUGGAAUAGAUACAAGUGAGGUUGGAACGCUAACUGAACCAGACAAGCUUGGCCCAUGUGAACCAGGCACAAGUGUCAAUUUGGAAGGCAUCGUGUGGCAUGAAACUCCUCAAGGUGUUCUAGUAGUUAAUGUUACUUGGAGAAAUAAAACAUAUGUAGGAACAUUGAUGGACUGUACCAAACAUGAUUGGGCACCCCCUAGAUUUUGUGAAUCGCCAGUUAAUGAUAUUGAAGGAAAGGGUCAGAUAAGUAAAGGCCGUCCAAAACGCAGUCGCACCUCCUCAUCUAUAACGGAUCUUAGUAACUACACAGAAACUCGUUCAUCUAUUCACUGCAAGCUACGUACCUCAACAAAUGGUAAAGGACGGCGUGGAAAUAACAUACCUAUAGCUACAAUAUCAAAUCAAGAAAAGCAUUUGAAUGGUAAACGCAAAGCAAAAACAUUUGAAAGUGAACUAAAUUCUGGUGAUGAUAAAGUUGUAAAAAAAAUCAAAAACUCGAAAAUACCUUCCCCUGUUGGAUCGAGUGAGGGUAUUUCCACUCCCUAUACUACAUCUCAAGGCCUUAUAGAAUGCCCGGAGCCCAACUGCAGUAAAAAGUACAAACAUAUAAAUGGGCUCCGUUACCACCAAACACAUGCGCAUCAUGAUAUACCAAAGAAACCACAAGAAAUACUUGAAUUGACUGAUUUUGAAGAAAAUUAUGAAUUUACUAGCAUAGAUACCAAAGAAUUAGAGACGGAAGAAUCAAAGUCUGUGGAUUGUAAACCAGAAACUGAAAACAAAGAGGAAACAGAAAUUGAUGCUAUUCAAGAUAGGGAUGUGGUUGCUUUAGAAGAAGACAAUUAUGAAAAUGUUUUACCUAACAGAACUAUAGACAGUGGAGAUGAAAUAUUUGACAUGAAAGAGAACACAUUUGAAACAAAUGCUGAUUUAAAUGUUUCUGAGGAUGUGUCUACAAACUUCCAAACUGUAACAGAAUUUCCAGUCAAUGCAAACAGUGUUAACUUUGAUAUUGAAGAGAAGUUAUCAAAAAUUAAAAAUGCUGAAAAUCCAUUAAAAUGCAAAACUGCUGAUAAAGAUCUCUCAGUAUUUGAUUUUAAUUCAGCAAUAGAUUCUGAGGAACAGACUCUUGCUGCCAAUUGUAACAAAAAAGCAUCUGUGAGUGUAAUAAAACCAACUGUUAAAGCUAGCAAUUCUGACAAAAAUACUAGUCAACCUUUUGUAGUAAAGACUGAGCCAAUCAGCGUAACCAUUUCAACUGUGAAUUCACCUGUUGCGACAUGUGAUCAACAAAAGCAUAAGAAAAUUGAGAAAGAAAAAUCUAAGUUACAAGAAAAGCUAAAGAAAACAAAACCAGAAAAAAUAUUAAUAAAACCGAAGCCCAAUAGACCAAUAGCUCCAGCUCCACAGAUAACUCAGCAACUGAUUGCAUUUCCUGCUGUUGUGACUGCUCCAGUCAAUGCUGCUGCCACGAUGACCAUGCCUCCAGUCACCACAAAACCACAGGCAACCGUCAUGGGUUCAUCAACCCUGAAACCCAUCCAACCAAAACCAACUGUUAUGGGUGACUUAGUUGUUAACCCUGCUUUAGCUAACCUAAAGGAAAAGAAGCUAAAAUCUAAGAAACGAAUGAAAGAAAAAGAAAGAGAAGUUGACAAAAAUGCUAACCCAUCUUUCAUGAAAGAAUCUGAAAGAAAGAUUUCAAUAGGAAAGAUAGAAAAUCCAGUGAAAUCUACAGGGCCAAAUAUUACUCAGUUUAAAAGAGGUGGUCUAAAUCCAACUGAUGUUGAACCAAAUAUACUGAAACAGGCCUUGACCCAAUCUGGCAUAAAUUUAGAUGAUUACAAUAGCAGUUCACCAAGUGGAUCCGAGAGCAAUGAACCUAAAGAUGCAAAUAAGGAUUUACCUAAUAUUCCAGCAUCUUCAAGUAGUACUACUACAAUACCAGAGCCUCCAAAACUUAUACGCACCAGUAGUCUACCUGUUAAACAACAGUCUGCUGUUAUUACACAACCCACACAACCUAAACCACUUCAGCAGUUUGAGAAAAACAUGGCAGAAAAACCUGUCAUGAGUGUUUUGCCUGCUGUCAAAGGGACGACUGUACGCCCACCGGAAGACAAUCUUCCACCACGUGUUAUAAUCCCACAACCAUUGACUGCUUCACCAGAACAGAACAGAGUGACAACACAGAGUCCAGCAUACUCUGAUAUAUCUGAUGCCAAUGAGGAGGACACUGCUGCUAGAGAUCGAAGCAUUGGUCUUGAAGGAGUACUAGCUUCCGAACAGCGAUCAUUUUUUCCAGGCUAUUCGGGGGUAAUUGUUCGAGAUCGCAGUCACUCACCACUCAAAGAUGGACCGUCAAGACCUGAAAUGCCAAAGUUGAUUCCAAAACAAAGAACUAACAGAGACAUAGAUGUAGAUGAGGGCCCUGACAAUGAAAUAGAAUGCAAAGAAGAAAACAACUCUACAAAACCAUCACUUUACCAACACCCUCAGUUAUACACUCCUCACCCCUAUCCACCAAUUUAUUUUGGUUACCGAAAUCAUAUGGAUCCAGCUGCCAGCCCUUUGCGCAUGAUUGCAAAACCUCCAUAUGGCCACCCUCGUGAACGAAUGGAAAAAGAACUAAGAGAUAAAGAUUUGGGUAAGAGUACUGACUCAAAAAGACAAAGAAACACAACUCACAGUAAAAUUGAAACUGAAAUAAUCAGAAUUGAUAAAAAUGUAAAAAGUGAAAGAACAGAUGAAAUUAGGGAUAAACAAGUGGAGAACCAUAGAAUUCUGUCUGAUAGCAUUGAGCUGAAACCUCACGUUAGAAUUCUAUCACCUCAAGAAUCUUCACGGCACUAUGAUUGCCGAUUACCUCAGAGUUAUUAUAUGUACCCACACGCUCAGUGGGAGGAGUCAAGGUGCAGGGAAUUGGAUGAUAGGAGAAAAUCAAAAGCAGAAGAAGGAAAGCAUCCCAGUUCAAGUUCACAAUCAGAGCAAAGGUCAGUUUCAAGAGGACAAGAAGAAGGUAAAAACAGAUGUACACCAGAAUCAGCAAGUAGUGCUAGUUGUUCUAAAACUCUGCUUAGUAAUGUGCCACAGGAUAAACGCCACAAAAUGGAUGGACCUUUCUCACAAUACCUCCCGCAAUCAUAUAUGGUACCUUACAGUGUUGUAGAUGAUCAGUACAGGCAACCUGUUGUUGCUUAUCCACAGUACCUCACGCCAGAAUUUGGUUAUUCUGCUGUUUGGAAAUCUGACGAUAAGAGAAGUCCUGUUCAUGACCCUAAACAUGGAAAACUAAUGGCUGGCCAUUCUUCUACUUCCCCUAGAAAGUUAAAGGAAAUUUUGCCUGAUGGUAAAAAUGCUUUAGAGGUGUUAAAGCAGCGUGCUAGUCAAUUUUAUAAUCCACAAAAAUCUGAGCAAUUACGAAGCCAGGAUUCUAACCAGACUUCACCACACAAAUCUGUCAGUCCUACACAGAGGAAAACACCAGAGAGUAUUGAGGAGCUGUCACGUUUUGAUGGGUCAGGACGCAAUCCUCUUCCACAAAUGCAGCAUCUUCACAUGCAUCAUCACACACACCUUGGGUAUCCAAUGAUGCCUUAUGGUCAAAUUAUUGCUGGUAACCAUCCUCAAGCAGCAACUACUUCACUUAAUCCCUACUCAAAUGCAAGAGAAUAAAGCAGAUGAAGAUUCCAAAUGAUGAAAUAAAUCUACUGAAUGAAGUCGUCAAUUCAAAUCUAGUAAAACCUACAUACAUAUAUGAAUGUAGUUCGGACUGUGUGGAUACAUAAAGAAUGUGUGUCUUUGAAAGGAAUGCAUUCUCUUAAUUUAAGUAUGCUUAAUCUCAAUAUUUUAAGUAUGCUUAAUCUCAAUAUUUUUUCUCAGUUUAGUAACCUAGAUAUUGUAUUAAGUGAUUUUUAACACAGAGAUAUACUGUAGGUUGAUAACCAACUCAAAAGAAUUACUAUACUAAUCUUCAAAAACUAUGAUUAAAUGAUAUGAAAAAAAUAUUGGCAUAUGCAUACAUAAUACAUGUAUUAAUGUGUGCAUAUAUUCACACACAUGUUUCUAUUUUAAGCACUGUUAUUAUUUUUUUAUAUUUUUUUAUCUGUUUAUAUUGUGUUUAUGAUACUACACAU